UAAACGGAGGGUUUCAAAAUGGCAACUUCAUGUGAGUGUAAAAUCGGUCCCUCGAUACUAGCAGCAGAUUUGUCUAUGUUGGGGACAGAAUGUCAGCGUCUGAUGGAGUGUGGAGCAGACUAUCUACAUCUAGAUGUAAUGGAUGGCCAUUUUGUGCCAAAUAUCACCUUUGGUCAUCCAGUUGUGAAGUGUCUGCGGCCAAAAGUGCCCGGCGUUUUCUUCGAUAUGCACAUGAUGGUUGCUAAACCAGAGCAGAACCUCAUAGGCGUGUUGACAUUUUUGACAGCUCUUCAGAUACUGAUACCCACCCCACGCUUUCGGGGGCGUCUCGAUAGUCCGAAGGUUCACUGGUCCGAAGGUUCAUUGGUCCGAAAAGUGUGGGUAGAGGGUAUGACAGACGCAGGUGCUAACCAGUUCACGUUUCACGUGGAGGCCACGGAUGACGUCAUAGGAUGCAUCAGGAAGAUCAAAGAAGCUGGAAUGAAGGUAGGUCUAGGAGUAAAGCCAGGUACUCCAGUCAGUGCCUUGGUGCCGUACAUAGAGCUCAUAGACAUGGCACUGGUGAUGACUGUUGAGCCAGGAUUUGGGGGACAGAAGUUUAUGUCAGAUAUGAUGCCUAAGGUCCAGUAUCUAAGACAGCGCUACCAGGACUUGGAUAUAGAGGUGGAUGGCGGGGUUGGACCAAGUAAUAUAGAUGUAGUAGCUGAGGCUGGUGCCAACAUGAUAGUGAGUGGCACUGCUGUGACCGGCAGUGAUGAACCCAGAGCUGUGAUCAACAGGUUAAAACAGUCGGUGGAGGAGGCACUGCAGAAAGCCAGGCUGGAGAGAUGACACCAUCUACACUAAUACUGCACAGUUUAUAUCAUUGAGGAGACACUGAUACAGGCAGCUGAUGAGUCACCACAGGAACCAGAGCCGAAUAUAACACACACUACAUCUACAUUGUCAUCAUCAUUCACAAUUCAUCAGAAAUGAUCUAAACACACAAUAUGAGAGGAAACUGCUGAAAAUGAAACGAGAAUUGAUAAUCUCAUCAUCAUUCAUAGUACACCAUCAACAGACUAUACAAGCUUUAGGAGAGGAGCCAAAGAUAGCUGUAUAUUACUGUCCCACACAACACAAGUCAUCAACAGACUAAGAAAACAAACUGUAAAACAUGGACUGCAUUAAGCAAUGCAGGAAGGUGUUAACAUAGGAGCUUAACUUAGGGAUCAGUCGUCAGCAAGAUGGAGCCAGAUGGUACUUGUAGAGGAAACUUGCCAGUGGAAUCUCAUUCUUCAUUGUUUUGACUGUAACUGUUAUCAUAAGAACAUGUUAUGUGUGUAUUGUAUUAACUUGUAUAUUCAACAAAAUGAGGCUGGAAACCUCUCUUACUGUUGUUGCAUUCCCCCAGUGGUUAGAUAGGUUUUAUAGAGAUAUGUUAAAGGAUUGUAACUCAAUAUUAAUUUUAAUUGCUGCACAGGAAGAAAUUUAUUCUCAGAGGGGAGAAGACGGGAGACUGAACGCUUCUCCCACACAUGAACUUGGUAGGUCAGUCUGGCUGGAACAUAGCUUAAUAUGUGUUAUGAAUGCCUCUUAUACUAUAUUUAUGAGCAUUAGGUUGGUUUUAUUCUUUUUAACAGAUGGCUUGGAAAUUUCUGAAAAAGAACUUAAUAUUAGUUCCAUGGGAGUAAAAACGCACAGUGCAAAUAACGGCCAUCGUAUGAAUAAUCAAAUAUAUGUCUAGAAACCAAUGAAUUUAAAGCAAUAAGCAGGAAUUAUUCAAUAAAUUAUGCGCUUUUCCCUAAA